AUAAAAGGAAACUACACGAGAUAUCAGACCAAUACGACAUCAUUUCAGGAUUCAGUUUCCUUGCCGAUUAAGCUGCCAUGCAUUUUUCUCGAGAAAAUCUUUGUUGUCAUUUUCAUUAUUAUGUUCACUUUCGGGUAUCAGAGACGCGGAUUGAGCUCAGAUUGGCUGUAUAAUUCCAACGGACCCUACCAUUCUACGCUUUUUUUUCUCAUAUUUAAUCAAGAAUCAGGCGACAGAUUAAAAGCGGAUUCAUCUUUGAUCCCAGAUUCUAGUCCCCCUCUCCCUAGAUUCUACUUGCAUGUGUUACCGGAUUUUGCCUUUGGGCCACCAUGUUGAGGAACAUAACAUAAUGUUAUAGAGCUUGCUCUAUAACAUGCCAGAGCUUGUUAGAGAUAGUGUAAUGCAGAGGAGGAGAGUACUAGAUGAUUAUGAGCCAGGGCCAAUUCCUCCUCCGAGACCGUUAGACAGAUUUGGGUUUAUAAAGCAGGAUACUAGUACUACUAAUUCUGCAGAAGGUUUAGUGAAGAGUAGGCCGACCAAUGAAUAUGAGAGGGAGGCAAGGAGGGUUAGAAAAUGGAGGAAGAUGAUUGGAGUAGGAGGGAGUGAUUUGAAGCAUUAUCUUUGGAGGAAGCCUCACGUGGUCAAAAGGCGUAUAAGGAAAGGAAUUCCUGAUUGUUUAAGGGGCCUUGUUUGGCAAUUCAUAUCUGGAAGUCGAGACCUUUUGCUGAUGAACCCGGGGGUUUAUGAGCAACUUGUUAUAUAUGAGACAUCAGCUUCAGAAUUAGAUAUAAUUCGCGACAUAUCUCGGACCUUCCCUUCACAUGUUUUCUUCCAGCAGAGACAUGGGCCUGGCCAAAGGUCCCUCUAUAAUGUACUGAAGGCAUACUCUGUCUUCGAUCGUGAAGUUGGGUAUGUUCAGGGAAUGGGUUUUUUAGCAGGUCUUUUGCUUCUUUAUAUGAGUGAAGAGGAUGCAUUUUGGUUAUUAGUUGCGUUACUUAAGGGUGCUGUCCAUGCUCCCAUGGAAGGAUUAUAUCAGGCUGGCUUGCCUCUUGUACAACAAUACCUAUUUCAGUUUGACCACUUGGUGAGGGAGCACUUGCCAAAGCUGGGGGAGCAUUUCAGCCAAGAAAUGAUUACUCCAAGCAUGUAUGCUAGUCAGUGGUUUAUUACUGUAUUCUCAUACUCUUUUCCCUUCCAUUUGGCUCUUCGAAUUUGGGACAUCUUUCUCUCUGAGGGUGUCAAAAUUGUCUUCAAGGUUGGUUUGGCUCUAUUAAAAUACUGCCAUGAUGACUUGAUAAAAUUACCUUUUGAGAAACUCAUUCAUGCUCUGCGUAACUUCCCUAAGGAUGCAAUGGAUCCAGAGACAUUACUUCCAAUGGCUUACUCAUUGAAGGUGUCUAGGAGCUUGGAAGAAUCGAAGAAAGAGUACGAGAAGAAACAUGGAAAGCAUAUUCAACCUCCAGAAGUGCUUUAGGAGAAAGAGCUUGAGUAAGAGUUGACUGAGAAGAAGCUAAACAUGUACAUACGUUGCUAUUUGCCUAUUUCUUUUUUCGUUCUUUCCAAUUUUAUCAUAUGAAAAAGAAACUUGCAGUCCAUUGUCCUCGUGUUAGUAGAGACUGCAGUUAUGAUAUAUCGACGCAUGUUUGGAUAACUUGAAACCCCAAUUUGAAUUUUUAUUAUUAAAUGAAAAGCAGAAAG